AUUAUGAGUCGAAGAAGAAGGCAGGUCUGGAAAAAAGGACCGAGUCCUGUGGCAGUGUCUGAUGAUUAGCUAACAGUAAAAACAUAGUCGUGUUAGUGUUACUAAACGGUGGUAUUGCUCUAUAAUGCAUAUGGUUAUUUUGUUUACGCUCUGAAGUCUGUCCUUUAUCGCUGAUAAUGAUAACAAUGAAGCUACCGAUGAAAACUGGCGAGAAAGGAGGCGACGAGACGGCGGAGGACGAUUCGUUGGAUCCAUCCGAGAGGCAGCAUAUCCCCAGGGCGGCAUCUUCUCCUUCGGUGUACGAGAGGCUGCAGGAGCCGCCGAGACCCCGCGUCCGCGCAUCGCUUUUGGACAGAGAGAGCGUGUUCGAGUGGUUCGGCCACCAUCUGAACCCCGCCAAGCGGAUCGAGUUUAUGUGCGGGCUGCUGCAUAUGUGCCAACCCCUGGAGCUCCGCUUUCUGGGAUCAUACCUGGAGGACCUCGCUAGAAAAGAUUACCAUGUUUUAAGGGACUUUGAGUGCAGGGCGAAUAACCCGAACGACUUGGGAGUUUUAACGGACGUGGUCGACCCGGUGAUUCGGUCCAAACUCAUCGUCUGCCUGUCCCUGCUCGGCUCUGACAGGAGGGAAUGUGCUGGAAUACUCUCUCGGAUACUCAGCAGCGUGGACUUGGCCUUGUCGUAUAGGAACUAUGACUACUCCCUGCCUCCUUUCAGGGACCCUCAGCAUCACCUCCACCCGUUCUAUCCACAGUGCCAGGACGGUUCUGUGUGUGAGCAGAACCGGGACGAAGCAACGGCAGGGGCUCUGGAGCAGUUGGCGCUGCUCUAUACCAUGGCCUCGCUACACCCAGCUUUCCAUUUUCACCAACGGGAAGUUAUCCGGGGACAACUGGACAAAAUCGAGCUUUCCUUGGAGGAGGAAAAGCGUCAGAGGCAGCUCAGGAUAAACGCCCAGUCGACGGAGAUGCUGGGCCAGCAGCUGGACUUCACGGCCUCCUCAGUGCAGGACUUUGGAGAGUGUCCAGCCUCUCAUCCCCCUUGCCAGAGCCGGCGCUCCGGUCGCUGGGCAACACAGAGAGAAGCCGUUCACAUCGAGAGGAUCGUGCUCAGGGGGAUCUCUCGGACGGCAACAGAUAAGGAAUACAGCUUUGAGGUGAAGUGGUCGGACUCUUCCUCCAGCAGUGUGACCAAAACCCACCAGGAACUGGAGAACUUCCUGCUGAAGCUUCCAAAGGAUCGGUGCACGGACUCUUUUGAGAAAAGCAUCCUGAGGCUCCUGAGCCAGGGGGACCAGUACGAGAGCAGGGAGGUGGAGAAGAACCUCAGGGAAAGGUUUCUGUCUGCCCCGCCUCUCUUCAGGCAGACCAGGAAGGUCUGCAGCUUCUUCAGCUCCUCCAGGCCGGCCUGCAGAUGUACCUUACAUCCUGGGACGACGUACCAGCCAGACUGCUCUGACGCCUCCAGUCAGGAUGAAGACUCGUAUGUUCAGGGACACAAGAAGAAACACGCGUCCAAGAGUCCAUGUCAGCUAUUGUCACGGGCCAAAAGCCCCCAGGGGGACACAUGGAGAGGGAGCCACGCAGCAGAGCACAACGGGCCUGCAGACAGGAGGAAGAAGAGCAGCGUGGCGAGGAGCAGCCAGGACGCUGAGCAGCAUCUGGAUCCCGACAGAAGGAGCCACCCAGCAUCUAAAAGCAAGAGCAGAUUUUUGCCCGGAGACAGGGACAAGGUGACUGUGAAGGGCAGAGGCGCUGCCUUUCUGACUAAUGGCACUUUACCGGCCCUGUCGCCGCAGAGGAAAGUCGGACCUUCUCAUGCGGAUACAUUUGGGGAAACGUCGUCCGAGAGCUGCAGCUCUCCCUCCAGCCCCCAGUACAGGAGACGCCAGAGUCUGGAGAGCGACGACGACAACAACAAAGACUCAGACAGCCACUCUGAUGACGGCAGUAAGGGUGUGGCCCCUGACCUGUUCUUCAUGCGGCAGGCGGACUCCGCCGGUUUGGCAGACGGCCCUCCCCAGGGCCCAGACUUCGCCUCACCUCCCUACCUGCCCCCCUUGGCCUGCUUGCUCCCCAAUGGGGCCCCUGACCCCGUAGCCCCAGAUGGGAACCCCCACCCAGCGGGGCCGCUGUCGGUGGUCCCAACCCCAGGGAUUGUGGGUGAUCCGGAGAAGAGGGAGGUGCUGACGACCUUCGGGGGCCCCCCACUGGCCCUGCACCACUCAGUGGGUGGGGGGGUCCAGCCUCUAGUCCAGAGGUUUAAGACGGCUCUGCCCCACAGCCAAGGGCCCGUGGAGGGGGAGGCCCCUCUCAGAGCGCUGGGCUCCAUGUCACCGGGGCCACCUGUGUACUCGUCCCCUUCCCUGCCCUGCCAGGAGCCCGGCCUGGCCCCACCCUUGCCCCACAUGGAGCCCCCCCAUCCCAAGCUGCAUGGCAUCCUGCCAUCUGGGAUGCCCUCUCCCUACGCCCUGGCCUCAGUGGCUCCUGUGCCCCCCUCUGUGAUGCCCACCCUGGGGGCCCCUGGAGCGGCUGUUCCUCCGGUCGUCCCCUCUAACUCUCCCGGGCCCCCGCCCAGCCUCAGCCCGGCGCUCGGCCUCAGCACGCCGCAGAACGACUCAGCGUCCUACAGCAACAGCAGUGCUUCCGGUGGAAGCGGCCCCGUCGCCCCUGGCAACCCCGUAGCUGUCCAGCAAACCCAGCAGCAGAUGCCACCGCAGCAGCAAACGCCACCCCUCCAGCAGCAGCAGCCCCCUGUGGGAUGUGGGACCUGCGGUUGCCAUAACAAUUGUGGUAACCGAGGCAGCGGCAGUGCGGUGGGGGGCUCCUCUGGCUGCCAGCCCCCCCUUUACUUCCAUCACCAGAUGGCAGCAGUAGCGAGGCAGAUGUUCAGCGUUCCUCAGUCCCUCCUCUACCUCACCCAGACCCAGGCCCCCCACCAGCCCAACGGCCCCCCCACUAUGCCCCCUUUCUUCCCUGCUGCCCCACCCCCUGUCCACCCAUCCCCGUAUCUGCACCCCCACAGCCAAGCGGAGGGCCCAUCCCACAUGAUGGGCAACCAGGCAGUGGCAGCCGCCAACUACAGCCUCCAGCAGCAGAUGGCGCCAGCGGCAUCGUUUUCUCAGCGUGUCUACCAGCCCGUCUACCCGGGUCACCUGGGGAUGCUGCCAGCUGCCAUGCUGGGGGGCGGCGGGGUCAACAAGAAGAACGGCACAGUGUCCUGCCACAACUGUGGAGUGAACGGACACUUUGCUCAGGACUGCAACCAACCCAGCAUGGACUCCACCCAGCCGGGAGGCUUCAGGAUAAAGUAUGCAGCAUCCAACAUUUCAGAAGCACUUGAUAAUGCCGACUGAAGACGAAGGACGAUGAUGACCAGUUCCUCCUGUCGUCAUGACUACGACAGGUAUGGCAGCAGUGAAGCGUUCCUCUAUAGGGCAGAGAGCUGCCCUGGCUCAGCAGACAGAGCCUCAGCACAGUGCCUCACAAACACCUGGUUACCAUGGAGACGACUCACCUAAAGUCAUGUGAUUCCCACUCUCUUCCCUUUCAGUUUCUUUUGGACUUUUUUGCACUGAGGGUUGGAAAAUAUUAAAUUAUUAUUACUUUCUAGGAAGAUUUUUUUUUUUUUUUUAACUCAAAAAUGAAGACUUGAGUCUCGGCUUAAAUGUUCUGAUCCACUUAUUUCUUAAGGUGUCUAUGCUUUCUUCUCGUGGUUUUGUUCAUCUCUGAAUUUAAUUGUUUGGAAGAACUGUACAGCGGCUUUCUAAGAUCAAUAAUCGGUAAGCAGGAGUUGUACCUGUAGGUUCUCUGCACAAUUGUGAAUGUACACCUUCAGACAGGAAUCUGUGUAUAUUUGAGGGUUUUGCUGGUUUUGUGGUUGCUGUGUGGACGGACGGCCUCCGGCCGUUCAAAUCCGGGGAAUCUUGUUUGACGCAAGGAGCGCCACAACAGUUCAUGUUGGGAUUUUCUUUUCUUUUGACCUCAAGUCCACAUGAGAUGGUCAGUUUUUUGCUUUAUUAGAGUGUACAAAAGUAUUCCUUUUUAAAAUAUAUAUAUAUAGUUAAUAUUUUAGAUAGGAGACGUCUGUUUUAAUUCAAACAAAUGAAACCUGCUGCCCGACAUUAUGUUUUUAGCGUUUAAGGCUGGAGGUGUCCGGUAGAGAUAAAAAUUGGAAAUUCCGACCGAACUUUUCCGUCUCGAACCCCCACAGGUGUUUCAUCUGCGACAACGGUGGCAGUUUAUUACAGACUUUUUACCUCUGGACAAGAUUUCUGUCAGAAUCCUCACAAGCAUGACAGCUUCACUGGAAGAUGGGAAGCAGCCGCGCGAUCCGAGGAGCUGAAUGUACCGACAGAACCGAGAACUCGCUCCCUGAUGAAACGUCCACAUGCUGGGCAAGGCCUCUUAAUACUUCAAGUGGUUUUUUUUUUUUUUGUUUGUUUUGUUUUUUUAAACACUUUUAAGAUGAAGAGGGGGACGCAGCCUUCUGAUCAAACUAGCACACUGAGAGGGAACACCAGGAUGGAAUCUAAUCUUAACUUCUUGUACUUUAUUAUUAUUAUUUUUUUUUUUUUCAUAUGUAUACCAGUCUUGUUAACUGACUCUUGAUUACAUAUUUGUUGAUAAACUUGAAAGUUCUUCAAAGCCCUCUUUGAGUUGAAGCAGUGGCAUCUUUUAAUGUUUUUAUUCUUAUUUUUAUUUUAUUUUUUUGAAGGUGUUAGGCAGUGUUGGAGAGUUGAGCCCAAAUGUGGAAGCAAAUUACUGGAGAUGCACCAAGAGAAAAUUUGUUGUUAAAACUUUAAGUACUUAAUUGGACAUCAAAUAUUAGAUCUCUCUAAAAAGACUUUUUAUAACUACAUAAAAUGCAUAGUAGCUGUUUGAAAUACAGAAGUGUCUGUUAAAGCUAGUAAAUUUCUCAAUAAUGGAGUUCAAUGUCGUUUAAAUGAAUUUCUCCUUAUAGAGAUUUCACUUCAAUGCAGACGUGGUUGAAAGCAAGAGUUACAAUUUUGAUUUUGUUUAAAUGUUUUUUGGUUAAACCUAAUUUAAAACGGCAUUCUUAUAACAUGAAGCACGUAGUGUCACCCCAUAGUGGGGGAUUUAUCUUGUAAAAAAAAAUAAAAAAAUCUCCUUUUAAUGUUUACAGUUUUACAUCUUGAUUAGAAGAGUUUCUCAUAUCUGAUAACAUCAUUUAAGACGUGAAUGUUUCUUGUUAUAAUGAGCUGCUCCUGUUUUUAUUUCCUAGCUCUAGAAAUCUGUCAUAGAUUGGUGCAUCUCUAGAAUGAACUUAGCUUUCCCAUAAAAAAAAAAAAAAAGAACCUCAAUUUGUCAUGUGUUUGACUAAACCAAGUGGCUACUAAGAGCUACGAAGCUGAGAAGUUUCUUCGUGGGCGUCGGUUCAAACCUUUUCCUGCUUGUGUUCAUUGUUCGGCGUAGUGAUUCUAAACCUGGACAGGUCAGGGCUCAGAAAGUGUUCAAUCCUACAACCACCUCGUUUUCAGGGCUUCGUCAACAUGCUGCUUUUAUUUUUAUUUUUUUUUAAUUUGUUUGUGUUUGUAUUUGUCAGCCUACUGUCACUGCAACUGAUCUAUGCAUUCACGCCUGUUAUUCCUGAAUGUGACUGUCAGGAGAUUCCAGUGGUGGAAAUUGUUCUCCGAUCCAGAAACACCGUCCCCCCCCACCUGCUGCUGAUCUGUUUCCAGCAGUUCAGGUCGAACGUCCUUCCUCCCACCUGAAGGUCGUGUUGAGCUCCAGAUCAGAAGCGCUCAGACUGCCGGUGUGGGUCAAGAAGGAAGUCCGGUGUACAUACUGAGGACUCGCCUCUCCAAACGGCCCGUUUGAGCGAUGCCGUACUGUCCCUCUGCUGCCACCCUCAGCCGUUAUGUUUACUGUACUUUGGAAAGGUCAAAAAUAUAUUUCUAGAGUGGAAUUUGGAUUUUAUGCAAAUUGUUGAUAUUUUUUUUUUUCUUUAAUUAUAAGCAAUAAAUGCAAACAAAAAAAUGGAAGUUGUUCUGAGUGACUUUAUUAUCGCAGCAGUGGCUGUGUUGGGAUUGAUAUAUAUAUAUAUAUAUAUAUAUAUAUAUAUAUAACAUAUUUCUAUUCAAGAGUCACCAGAACAUGAACUUAUAAAUGGAAAUAUUCUGUUAAGCGUCACAUCAUCUUAGUCCAAUACAUGUCACGUGUCCGGCUUUAUUGACAAAGAACAAGUGAAGCUUCUACUGAUUUGGGAAAAGAAUCUGA